CUAAGUAAAUCGAAUCUAACGGAGGAGAACAGCAGCGUCGGCUUAAAGCCAUGUUAGACAGAAGAAAUCCCGACCCUCUUCGCAACCAUCAAUGGCUCUGCCGAAUCAGCAGGCUGUCGAUUGCCCGAGCUUCCAGCUUGUCAUCAUCGGCGAUGCUGGCACAGCGUGGUGCCCUCUGCCCUCCUCCUCGUAAGCUCCACAGGUGGUCCGAUGCUUCUGCGAAUUGCUCCCACGGUGGUGGCGUUGCGGGUCUUGGUUUCGGAACCCGAAAGCGAUUUGCCUCUUUGAAGGAAGGGCUUGUUAGGAAAUGAAUGAGUAGAAAGAUCUCAUCUUGGUUAGGAUUCUCUGUGUAUAUCCCAUAUGUUGGGUCUUUUGUGCUAAAUGCUUUAUAUGCUUUUUUGGCUGUUUGGGAUUUUCAGUACACUUGAUUAGUCUUCCCUUGGUACAUCCAAGCAAUUCAUGCUUUGGGCUGAGCGCACUGCAUUAUUUGUUGAAGAGGUCAAAAUGGAUUAAAAAAGUUUUGACUCCUAACCAGCCCAUUGCGAUCAAACAAUUUAUGUUGAUGAUGCAAAUACUACAUAUAUUUGCUCUUAUGCCAAUCGACAACUGUAGUUAUAUGUUGAUGCUGCCUGAUUAUUAUAGUUCUCAAAAUGGCUGUUGUUGUUCAGUCAGUGUAAUGCUUCUGAGAAGUUUAACUUGAACUGGGUAUUAAGACAUUACAAUUUAAAGACAGCUUAUGCCAAUGAUUUUUCAAGAGAUGCCUUGUGGUGACACUUCGCUACUUAUGCCAAGAAAGAUGGAAGGUCCAUUGCCAAUGCAUUGUGAUUGUAAAUUCUGUUACAUGAAUUCUUCCUCUGUUCACUCUGGUGAAUUAGUUUGCAUAUAAACAAUGGUGUCAACUUGGUGCCUCAUUCUGGCUAUUAACUUAUGCUCAGUUGAAAUUAUUUGAGGCUUUCAUUCGAUAAAUGUGGAUUGACAGUGCUUUUCAGAAAGUCAGGACAUUGUGUGCUUGCGAAUUUAGUGUACUCCUUUCAGUUCCAACACACUCAAAAGAACAAGAAUGAACUAUGACAUCGUAUUCUGUAAAUUUAUUAUUUAUGUGGGGAUUGGCUUAAAUAUGUUUGAGCUCUCCUUGGUAUCUGAAGCUCUUUCUUGCCCGU